AGUUUAUUACAAGUGUAGGUUUCUAUCUAGAUUUAAAAAAAAUAUAUAGCGUGGGUCUAUGUUUACGGGUCAUUUAUCAAUAAUAUACAAUAUACAUAAAUAACACUUUUUCUUUUGUAAUAAAGGGUAGGGCUCGGAAUACAAGAAAAGUAUUAUGUGCAGUGUGGAUAUAUUUUUUAUAUACAUGUUUUGGUGAUUUUGUAGUCUUAAAAUACUAUUUGUAUCAAUUUUUUAAUCAUUUUAGAUGGAGGAAUCUGAUGAGAAGGCCCUGUCCCUCGAAGAGCUGUUGACCUGGAGCAACAUGGAUCUAAAGGAAUGGUGCAUCAAGCAUGGAAUAGCUCGAAGCGGGAACAAGCACCAGAUGGCGAAAAGAGUAUACCGUGGCAUGCACUACGACGACAGCACGUCUGGUUCGAGUGAUGAAGAUGACGCAGUCGAUUCGCCCACUGUGACAGAACCCUCAUCAUGGACGCCCGUCACCACAGACAACAUCCCUCCGAUACGCUCCAGUGAUGUCACCAACUACUUUGUGUAUCACAAGAACCCACUAGCUGGAGCUAAGCUGACCUCCAAACGACAGCAACGGAAGGCAAAGAAGUUUGUGGCUGAUGAAUAUGUGAGGGACUUGACUGUUGGACAUGGUACACCAGCCAAUAUUUCACAUGUUCGCGCCCAGUGUCAGCCCAGCAUGAAGGCUGCACCAUACCGUACGAGAGUUAGCAUAGCAGAAACCGGAAUGGUACAAGGUGGUGAAUGUACAUGUAAGUCAGGACAGUCUGGUGUCUGUUCACAUGUUGGUGCACUUCUCUUGUCAUUGGUCAAGAUUUGUGACGCGUGUACGAGCCAAACCUGCCAAUGGAAAACAGCUCCAACUGGUAAUGUACGGUUAGAACCAGCAUUAUCAUCCAACAUCAGGAUAUAUAACCCUGAGAAAGACAUCAUCGCUAAGUCACGUCCAUACCCAGGUGUUUACAGUGCAGGGCCAGCAGUAGAUGGAGAUGCCUUCCUGAAGGACCUAUUGGAUGGUAUGGCUACCUGCAACAGUGAUUCGGCACUGUAUCUCACUCUCCGUAACACGCCUGGUGACAUCACUGACUUCACAGAUUUGUUUGAAGUCGACCGUUGUCUGGCGGAUCAUGUCGACCUUUCCGCGGCUCAAAAUCAGUCACUCUUCGAGGCAUUCUUGGCGGAGUAUUCAGAAAGUGUGACCGAGACCAUGAUUGAAAACCUUGAGAGGUCAACUCGUGGUCAAGGGAUCAACCUCAACUGGCGAAAGGCACGUAGUGUGAUACUAACAGCCUCACACAUGGGCAGCAUUGUGAAGAGGCAGAAGGUGGAGCUGGAUGCCCUGGUGAAGACGAUCGCCUACCCCAAGGUCAUCUCAGGGCAGAAGAGCCUGAACUACGGCAACAAGAAUGAAUGUAAGGCCCGUCGAGAGUAUGCCAAGUGGCACAUUAAGCAGUGUGGUAGUGUUGUGGUAGAGGAUAGAGGACUUAUCGUCAGUCGUGAACUGCCUUUCAUUGGUGCCAGCAUUGAUGGUCAUGUCGAGUGUCCGAAAUGUGGAGAAGGUAUAGUGGAAAUCAAGUGCCCGUAUGGAACCAAGCAACAUGCCUUCAGGAACUUAAAACCACAAACAUGUGCAGAAGCCACUGAAUUUUGUUCUCAACUGAAAGACGGCAAGUUGAUUCUAAAGUCGGAGCACAACUACAUGUACCAAGUUCAGGGUCAGAUGGGAGUUUGUCGACAUGAUAACCACUCUAUCACAUAUGUACACUGGAAAAUGAUAAAUGGAUAUAAUCCGGUGGCAAUUUUGCGUUUUACGGAGAAUCCUGCGAGAUACGCGGAAUUGUUCUGUCAAUAUUGA